AUGCUCGGGCUGCACUUUCUCCCCACCAAACAGACCUUCUCAUCACCAACGCCGUUGAUGCUAGCUGCGAUGCUAUACUGUUCAAGUAUGAGGGGGUCAGAUGAGGUGGUUGUACAUGCUGCUGAGUACUUCAUUGUCCUGUGCAAUGCCAUUGCGCAGCUAUGCAUGCCCUCCAGUGAGAUCGGAAAGGUGCCAAAAGACCCAAGCGCGGCCGAAGAAUGGGCAUUUCAGACAAUCCUGGGGAUCAUUCUAGCUGGUCUCCUUCGGGAGGGCGUCAGCAAAGAGACAGGGAUAUGGAUCUCUGUCGCAUACCGCCUGAUUCUUGAGCAUUGUCCCCCUCAUAUGGAUGAGAAGUCGCUAGAGUGGCAGAGAUUGUUUACUGGCCUGCAGAUUGUAGAUCUGGAACACGCCUCCAUUCAUCUUUCAUGCCCUGUGAUUCCAGUGAUAGCACCAUUUCCCCGCCUCCGCAUAGCUCAGCAAGACCAACUCUACAGGCUGUCACGUAUGAUGCACACAGGCCUGACCCAUUUUACAGGCAGGGGCCUGCCCACCAUCUGGGCUUGCUUCACGAGCGAUACUCCGACAACGUCCGACUCAUCGUCGUUCAGUGGUGUUGAUGCCGCCGUCAUCAGGGACUGGGCCCGACAACUUGAUGACUGGUUGGUGGAAUUUGGUGCUCGUAAUGAGGAGGCAGAUAACCAGAGCAAGCUCACGUUCCGGCAAUACGUCCUCCACCGCCUGUUGGUUCUCUCAAUCUACCUCCCAGCCCGCGGUAGCGACUUGUUCUCCAACACAACACCCAAGGAGCAACACGAGCUUCUAGUCUCCGCUCGGGCGGCUGUCAAGUUGCAAGUGGCCGACUCGUCUAUAUGGUCCAACUUUGACCUUGUGAUGAUUACGUGGGCGGCAUUGAUCGUGAUCCAAGGGGUCGAUGGCGGCGUGGGUGAGCCUGAUGGUCAGUUAGCACCGUACCUACACCUUGCGAUGCACGAUUUUCUGACGAAUGCACAUUAG